CCAGAGGACGUAUAUGCCGGGGCUAUUUUUGCGAGCGAGGAGUUGCCGUACCAGCAGCAGGAGCGGGCGUCGAUGGCUGUCGAGGAGCCGGUGAAGCAGGCUGAACUGUUCGAACUUAUGAUCGAGAGCGACUCUGUUCCAGAUUACGUGCAUGAGAAGCAAUACGAGCCGUCAUCGGACUAUGAGGAGGAGGGGCACGCGGAGCCAGCUGCCGUCUACACACCAACAAUCACAGCCAUCAGCCUGCCCGAGGGCGAUGAUGACGAGGAGGGAAAUCGCAGUUCUGCGCCAAAUAGCCUGCCCGAGAGGGAGGACGCCACUCUUAAACUCGCACCAUCCAGCUUUAGCAAGACAAGGGACGUUUCUCUCAGACCGCCAGCAAUCGACUUGCUCAAGAAGGAGGACGCCAUGUUCAGACCCGCAACCAGACACAGCGAGUACGUGCGCAGCAGCUGCAGCUGGUCGAGUGCACGACGCCGGCGGCAUCGCUGGCCAGGCCCUGAGCAAAGGAACGGAUGCGCACCGCGAGCUUCUUCAGGAAUACAUGAAGCGGUUUGAUUUCCACGACCAGCCACUGGAUUUUGCGUUGCGGCAGCUUUUCCAGGAGCUACACCUGCCGGCCGAGUCGCAGCAGAUCGACCGCGUCAUCACGGGCUUUGCAGAGCACUAUAACGCGUGUAAUUCUGGCAUGUUCUUCUCGGCCGAUACCGUCUACGCCUAUGCGUUUGCCAUCCUGCUGCUGCACACUGACGCGCACAACCCGCGUGUGCGGCAGAAGAUGACCAAGCUGCAGUUCAUUGCGCGCGCUAAGCUGUUGGACGACGGCGACGAGAUGUUCGAUGAGAUCCUGGACAUACUGUACGAUAAUGUGACAAUGGUGCGCUUUGAGUACGCGCCUGGCUCUGUCAUGGGCCGCGCCGCUAUGGCUGACACCCAGCCACGGGAGCAGGGCAUCAGCGGCUGGCUGCGUCGCAUGUUUGCGCCUGCCGCUCAUACUGCCGCCCCCGUGCAGUCGCCGGUGCCGCUGAGCCCGAGCGACAUGCCCAGCAAGCAGCAGUACUCGUACUCCACAACGCCGCGACGCAUGGUGCCGCCGGGUGCAGUGCCGAUCCCGAUGAGCCCGCAUAGCGAAAUGCCUGCCAAACACCAUCAGCCACGGCAGUCGUUUGGAAUGGCGUCGCCGAGCUCCCCGCUAACCACAAUGUCUCCGUUGAGCACCUCUGCCAACAGCCCCCCGCUGCUAUCGAGCUUCACCACAGCUGACAUUGCCGUGCCAGCGCAGCCGAUGGCGCUCGAGACUAUCCGUGUGAGCAGCCUGAAGAGCCACGUCAAGCGCCGCCCGUCGCUGCGCGAGGGCCGUCCGCUCUCGGGCAUUGUUUGGCCGCAGCCCACGGCCAGCACUCCCACCGAGUCGCUGACCCAGCUGCGCGUGGACAUGGCUGGCCUGGUGUCGCGCAAGAUGAGCGGCAGGACAAUGGCCGGCGCGCGCUAAUGCGACGCUGGAAGGACACAUACCUGGUGCUCAGCGGCAGUCGACUGUACUUUUUCCGCCCAGAGUCUGCGGCCAACCACAGCGCCCAUGCCGCGCAGGCCAUUCAGGCGAUCGUGCCGCUG